GAAUCGCGCGUUAACGCCAUGUUCGUUCGUUUGCCUUUUCUCUGAAUAGGUUACGAACGUGUCUCUUUAUACUUUAUGACCUGCGUUAAAUAAGUUUAUUUGAGUGCUAGUUGCUAAACAACGUCCACUGUCAGUGGCUAAGUGCCUGACUUCAACUGGCUAAAAUGGCUUUUCCAAGGCCACCGAUGGGUAUGCCACCUAUGGGAAUGCCAAUGCAUGGACAGUUUAUUGGAAUGCCAGGUGUUACAGCUGGCAUGAUGCCUAUGAUGAUGGGAGGACCUAUGAUGACAGGAGUUCAGAUUCCAAUGAAUGAUUCUGCAAAUAGGGGAAGGAACAGACGACAGCAGAUUAAUGUAACUAACAAGGACAACAAAAAGCCAUCAGAGGACUUUCCAGUGACCACAGUGUUUGUGGGAAAUAUUUGUGAGCGAGGUCCAGACACUAUGAUUCGCACAAUGUUGGGCAAGUGCGGAAAUGUGGUAAGCUGGAAGCGAGUGCAGGGAGCAUCUGGGAAACUGCAAGCAUUUGGUUUUUGUGAGUAUGACAACCCGGAGUCAACAUUGCGGGCUAUCAGGCUCUUGCAUGAUCUGCAAAUAGCUGACAGGAAACUAGUUGUGAAAGUUGAUGCUAAGACGAAGGCGUUGCUGGAUGAAUACAAGGUUAAGAAGCGAGAGAUGCAGGGCAAGCGGCCGCUGGCAGACGACGCCGCCGAUGACGACGAGCUUGACGCAGACGCGAUCAAACACGACGAGAUCGUGAAAGACACGCUGAGGGCCGUGCUGAAGGAGAAUGCACACGAGCUGUCAAAGGUACCCAACGACGAGUCACAGGACCAGCAGAAGAAGGAUCGAAGACAGCGUGAUAGGGAGAGGAAGGACGAUGAGAAAGGAGACAGAAAAGGGACAACUUUGGACGACGUAGAGAUGGAAGAGGAUAAGAAGAAUCUGAUUCACCGAGAGAUUCGUAGUUUCCGCAGCACGUACAAGGAGGAUGACAAGGACAAGGAGAAACGAGAGAAGGAGCGAGAGUGCAUGCGCGAGAGGAGACGGGAGCGAGAGCGAAUCAAGGCGGUGGAGAGAGAGCGCUUUCUCGAGAAGGAGCGCGAGAAGCAGCGUAUGCGGGACGAACACUCAGCGUCAAGGUCACGCUCAAGGUCACUGCCACGACGCCGUUCAAGGUCACGCGAGAGAGCCAGACGUGACACAAUUUCAAGGGAGAGGUCCAGUGGCAGAUCUAGGACACGGGAGAGAGAGGAGAUUGAGGAUAAAGAGGAGGUGUAUGAGAGAAGAAAGCUAGAGAGGAAGCUACGUGAAAAGGAAGCUGCAUAUCAGGAGCGCUUGAAAAACUGGGAGAGCCGGGAGAGGAAGAAGCUUCGUGAUUACGAGAAGGAGCAGGAGAAGGAGAAUGAGAAGCGAGACGAGGAAGCCAAUGAAGGUCGCAGGUUGAAAGAGUUUCUCGAGGAUUACGAUGACGACCGUGACGAUCCCAAAUACUAUAAGGGUAGCGCAUUAAGCAGGAGACUUAAGGAUAGGGAAAAGGAGAUCGAAACAGAUAACAGAGACAGAGCCAGAGAAAAGGAGGAAUUGGAGGAAGUCAAGCACAGACUUCUUGAAGAAGGAAGAGUUGGGGAAGAUGUUGAAGAGGAAAUUGCAAGGCUGGAGCGAGAGAAAGAAGAGCACAUGCGCCCCUGCCUGAAGCUGGAGGUGGUUGUCGAACCAGACACAAAGCCAGAGAUGAAAAUUGAAGAAUCGCCCGAGGACGAUAAGGAGGGUAUCAUCUUUCCGCCAGCGCCACCUGGACACGAUGAGCAGGCAGCGUCGGCAUCGGACGAUGCUGAUGAUGCGGACGACUUUCCCUCGGCGGCAGACGCGUACAAUCACACGGCAGACGACACGUCCAGGUCUGCUGUCAGCAGCGGCAAGUUUGAGACACCGACCCCGCCGCAGCAGCAACAGCAGCAGCAGCAGCCGCAGGCGAGUAAGCGCAAGAAGCUGACCGUCGGCGACGUGUUCAACAUCAACCAGGAAGCGGGCGACGACAGCGGUGCGUCGACGGACGGCCCGCGGCGACGCAAGCUCGUGCCGAUCGAUUACACGCCGGAGGAGAAGCGGGCCGUCGAGAAGCCGCUGAGCGCCGACGAGAAGAAGAAGCACAUCAAGGGCCUCAUCGAAAAGAUACCGACGCAGAAGGCAGAGCUGUUCAGCUACGCCGUCGACUGGUCGAUCGUCGAUAGCAGCUUGAUGGAACGUCGAAUCAAACCGUGGAUCAAUAAGAAGAUCGUCGAGUACAUUGGUGAAGAGGAGCAGACGCUUGUAGAGUUCAUUUGUCAGAAGGUCAUGGCACACAGCACACCUCAGAGCAUACUCUCCGACGUCGGCAUGGUGUUGGAUGAGGAAGCAGAAGUGUUCGUUGUGAAGAUGUGGAGACUUCUCAUAUACGAAAUCGAAGCAAAGAAGCACGGUCUGGUGAAGUAAUUGGGAGAAAAGACUGUACCGUAUUCUGGUACAGCGUGUGUAAAUAGCUUGACGGGUUAUCGCUGGAGUCUGCACACAGUACGGUGACACACCAUCAUGUCCGUGGGAGGAUGGAAUCGAGAAUAUUCUUGUGUGAAGCUCAGAGACCGUCUAGAACGUGACAGGAUCACGCUGUGGACAAUUCAGCCGUACACUGUGAGGGAAUGCUGCGGUAUGUGUAUGCGUUCAUGUGCACUUUCUGACUACUUGACGUAACUGCUGUCUUAGACGUUUACAGGCAUGAUCAGUAGCAAUGAAAUUGGGCAUAGUAUGCAUACUCUCAUUGCAUACAAAAAUGUUGCAAUGUUUACAGGAUCAUCCAAUUAGAUGACUUAUUAUAUUAAACGUGCCUUGUUCAAACUCUCUUUAUUCGCUAUUAUUUUCUCUAUUCCAUCAAGAGACGAUCAGAUGAACAUUAACAGUGGCUCAACCCACUUCCUACAGCAUAAUCCAUUUGUACAUAAUACAUUUGUCGUAUGUACUAGUAGUAAUUUCUCAUGUGCUCCAAAUUAGUUGAUUCAGCUUCACAGUUAGUGGCCAUGCCUCAGUUAUGUUCAUCUUGCGGCCCAUGGUAGCCAACCUUACUGUGUGAGCAGAAUACAAUAAUUGCAAAUUAUCGAUAAUGAAUUAAUAGCGCUAGGCAUUGUAAAAGAAAGAGCGGGUUGUCGCGUCUAUAAAACACAUUGCUUCGAAAGCCGUAUUUCCAAUGUUUAUUUUGGCAGGUUUGCAAACUUUCUGUAAUCGUUUAGCAAUUAUGAAUUUAAAUAUAUUAGUCUAACGCUGCCGAUGCAUGUGGUUCUCACUACUUUCCAUAUGCGAUGUAAAUACCUGCGCUUUCUUAAUUACAAACUGCAACAAGAUAUAAUUUUUUUGAAACUGUGUGAUUAAAAGCUAUCUGCUAAAAUAAAUGGAUUAAAUAUGAACUGUGUA